GAGGUCUGUUUGCGUGACGUGGCCGAAGGCGGAAGCGAUGUUGCGGCAGGACAGUAGUGACGACACAGAAGAUGUGUCACUCUUUGAUGCCGAUGAUGAAAUGUCUAGGAGACCCAAAAAAUCUAAAAUCAAACAUCCUGUAGCUUCCUUUUUCCACUUGUUCUUCCGGGUCAGUGCACUAAUUGUCUACUUACUCUGCGAAUUGUUGAGCAGCAGCUAUAUUGCCUGUAUGGUGACAAUCAUCUUACUUCUGUCUUGUGACUUCUGGGCAGUGAAGAACGUCACAGGGAGGUUAAUGGUUGGCCUUCGCUGGUGGAACCAGAUUGAUGAGGAUGGAAAAAGCCACUGGGUUUUUGAAGCCAGGAAGACAUCUGCUCAAGGGAAGAAAGCUACAUCAGAAGCAGAGUCCAGAAUCUUCUGGUUAGGACUGAUCACUUGCCCUUUGCUCUGGGUGGUUUUUGCUUUCAGCGCCCUGUUCUCUUUCAAAGUUAAGUGGCUGGCCGUAGUGAUUAUGGGCAUGACAUUGCAAGGAGCAAAUCUUUAUGGCUACAUCCGGUGCAAAGUGGGCAGCAGGAAAAAUCUGACAAGUGUGGCCACCUCAUAUCUAGGCAGGCAGUUACUGCGGCAGACAGUACCGAAAGAGGAUCAAGCAGUAUCUUGAAGAUCAUAAAGAAUCCCAUUUCCAUUUUGGUUGCUUCUGAAGAAUGAAAAAUAUUUCCUUGGGCCGCUGUACAGAAGAUUUAUAAGAUGUGUGUGGAUUUUUGUAAUUAAAUAUCUCUUACAGAAAUGCUAGUUCUAAUUUCUUGUAACUUAGAUUUGCAGAGCCCUUGCUGACCCUCAACAUGCUAUUGGGACCUUUUAAAAAGUAAAA